AUGGUGGUGAUAGAGUUCAAAACCCUAACAAUCAGAGCUCAAAAGCAGCAGCAGCUCUCCAUGUUCAGCCUCAGGGGAUUGUCACAUCCAAUCAAAGCACUCCAUGUUCUUAUGGUUUUAGCAUGUACUCUUUUCUAUCUCGCUACAUGUGGACAAUGCUCUGGGAAUGGGAUGCAAAUAUUAUCAGAAUAUGAUGCUUGUGGAUCAUAUGGAGAUAAUUUUGAUGUGGCUUUUGCGGAUAAUUUUCUUGGUGACAGCACUUUGGGCUGUGGAAUUCCAAGAACCCCCUUCAAUAUUGAUAAGAUUUGUACUAGCUCUCGUUUGUUCUGCUUUCCCUCUACAUUACCGGGUUUUUUGGAGCAUAAACUCAAAGUGGCUGAUUUAGAAGUUUCUGGGAGUCAGUCUGAUGAUCUAUCAUCUAUAGGAUCAACUGAAAAUAGCAAGUUGGCAAAUAACAAAAGUUGGUCAUCAGACAAUGGUAUGUUUAAGUUAUUUAAUGGAGGGAUUGUUUCUUGUUCUUUGAACUCCAAAGCGGCUACUAAUGAGUUUUCAUCCAUUCAAACUGAUAGCGCUAAUCAAAAUGAUCUUUCUUCCUGUAGAGGACCUUUACUUUAUCAGAAAAGCACAAGUUUUAGGCCGAACAAGAACACUGAGAUGACCAAAUCUAAUUCUUUCAGUAGUUCUUCCUCUCCCCAUGUAGAAAUUAGCCCUGCUGUAUUGGAUUGGGAACAAAAGAACAUGUAUUUUCCAUCAUUAGCUUUCUUAACUGUGACAAAUACAUGCAAUGACAGCAUUUUACAUGUUUAUGAGCCAUUCAGUACUGACAUACAGUUCUAUCCUUGCAAUUUUAGUGAGGUUUUGUUAGGACCUGGUGAAACAGCUUCAAUUUGUUUUGUAUUUUUACCUAGAUGGCUGGGCUUUUCCUCUGCUCACCUCAUUUUGCAGACAAGCUCUGGUGGUUUCUUGAUUCAGGCGAAAGCUGUUGCCGUUGAGUCUCCUUAUGGAAUUCGUCCUUUAUUAGGCCUGGAUGUUUCCUCCAGGGGAAGGUGGAGUAAGAAUUUGUCUUUGUUUAAUUCCUUUGAUCAAAAUUUUCAUGUGGAGGAAGUAACUGCAUGGAUGUCAGUGACUCUGGGGCAUGCUUCCCAUUAUGCAGAGGCAAUAUGUAGUACUGAAAAACUUCAACCUUCCAAUGAACUUCAGUUUCUGAGUGUGAAAGAUCGUUUGGUUGUGAGUACUGGUCAAGUUGGUUUGCCUCUGCUGGCCGUGAGGCCUCUCAGGAAAUGGGAGAUUGAUCCACACAGCAGUGAAACUAUCAUAGAAAUAGACUUCUCAAUGGAAUCGAAAGGAAAAAUAUUUGGUGCAAUUUGUAUGCAGUUGCUAAGGUCGUCAGAGGACAAGUCUGAUACUGUUAUGCUUCCUUUUGAGGCUGAAUUGGAUGGAACAGCAAUGGAUGAUGAUCGUGGAGGACCUUUAUUAGCAUCUCUUGAGGUUUUGGAGUAUUCUUCCAAUGAAACUGCCAUUGCUAUAUCUCUGAAGAAUUGUGCUCCUUACCUUUUGAGAGUUCUUGAGAUUACUGAGGUUGCAGAUAGUAAAACCUUCCAGAUAAAGUACAGUCAAGACUUGUUACUUUUCCCAGGCAGUGACACAUAUGUUUCUGUGGUUUCUUGUACUGAAAGAAAUGUCAAAUUAUAUGGACACUGUACAUUACUUAUAUCGACAAAUUACUCAACAAGCCCACAGAUUGAAAUUCCUUGCCAGGAUGUUAUUCAUUUAUGUUCAAGACAUUGGAAGGGUUCUACCACUGAAUUUGAACAUCAGUCUGAAAGGAGUGAAUCAGGUGAUAUGAACAGAGUGUCCUUUGACAGUGGCUUGCAGUGGCCAUCACAGAGGGCAACAGAGACAGCAGAAGCAGAUGAAUUGGUGCUACAGAGCUGGAAAUCUCAAGAUACCAGAAGUGGCAUGUCUGUGCUUGAUGAUCAUGAGGUAUUCUUCCCAAUGCUUCAGGUAGGAAGUCAUUACUCAAAGUGGAUCACUGUAAAGAAUCCUAGCCAAGAGCCUGUAGUGAUGCAGCUUAUACUGAACUCGGGGGAGAUUAUUGAUCAAUGCAAGACCCCAGGUGGUCUUAUACAGCCUCCUUCAUCUGGUAGUUUGGUUCGUAAUGAAUCCACUUCUCCCAGUAGGUAUGGGUUCUCAAUAGCAGAAAAUGCACUAACAGAGGCUUAUGUUCAACCAAAUGGUAGAGCAUCUCUUGGACCAGUAUUGUUUCACCCUUCCAGUCGAUGCAAGUGGAGAAGUUCAGCCCUCAUAAGAAACAAUCUUUCUGGCGUGGAGUGGUUAUCUCUGAGGGGAUUUGGAGGAUCACUUUCCUUGCUUCUGCUUGAAGAGUCUGAGGCUGUUCAGAGUGUAGAAUUCAACCUCAGCUUACCACUUCCUCUCAACAUUUCUCCUCCAGACAUGUUAUUUCACAUGGAAGAUGCCACUCAUUCUUGUUUACGCCCAUUAGCAAAACAGCUCUAUGCUAAGAAUACAGGAGACUUGCCACUGGAGGUUAGAAGAAUCAAAGUGUCCGGAAAAGAGUGCGGGAUGGAUGGGUUUAUGGUACAAACUUGCAAAGGUUUUGCUCUUGAACCUGGAGAGUCAGCAAAGCUUCUGAUAUCAUACCAGACUGAUUUUUCUGCAGCCUUGGUACAACGGGAUCUUGAGCUGGCCUUUGAAACUGGUAUUCUGGUGAUACCCAUGAAGGCAAGCAUCCCUUUGCAGAUGAUCAAUAUAUGUAAGAAAUCAGUGUUCUGGAUGCGCGCUAAAAAGUACUCUGCAGCAGUACUACUUCUUAUAUCCUUGAUGUUUCUAGUAUUUUGGUAUAUAUUCCCCCAGGUGCUGGCCUUUUUUCCCCAUGAUUGUUUCUGGGUGAGCGGAAAAAGUUCCUUGGCUACUUCCACAAGUAGUUCAGAGAGAGUUUCUCAUGUGCAUAACUAUAGAGACAGUAAUUUUUCUGUGUCUGGUGAGAUAAACAGUUUGCUAAGAUCAGUUCGGGAAGAUAGAACCUUAAUGCAGGCAUCAUCUGUGGGUAGAUAUCCUGUUGACCAGGCUGGGGCCUCAGAGCAGGAAAAAUUUGCUCAACAUGCAAAGCAAAUUCUACAAGGUCAUAGACAAACAAACUAUUUGUCAGAUACACCAAAGAACAAAGCCACGGCCUUCUCACUGAUGUCUGAAUCGGUAUCAGUUGAGAAUUCUGACGACCUAGAAGCAUCCCAACCCGGUAACCUCACAGUCAAAACUGGAAAUGAAAAGGGAAGAAGGCGUAAGAAGAGAAAGGGUGCCGGUUCUAAGUUGACAGGACUUCUUGAAGUUUCAAGCAGUCAAAGUGGAAAUUCUACACCUUCAUCACCCUUGUCUCCAGUCACAUCUGUAACACCAAAACACAUGUGGCCGCUAUCUCCCGAUCUGGGUCAAGCUGUUGAGGCCAGGAAUCCAUUUACUCGAGUAGCUCACCAACGCUGCCAGAAGAGUCAUGUUUUUAAAUCUGCUUCCAAGGCAAACUUAUCAUCAGGGCCUGAGGUUUCUUUGAAGAAUUUCAGCAACCACCAAACUUUUCCUUCUCAAGAGCAUCCUUCACCAAGAAAAGCUGCUGACAGACCUGUUUUGUUGCCGUCUGCCACCUUUCCUUGCGCUGGAAGGCCUGCUCCUAAUGCGGUCUGCACUUCCCCUUUUCCGGCUUCAACAUCAGCUAUUUCUCCACAUGCUAGAGCCCCUGGGUCCAAACUCUAUGAGCAGAAAAGUGUUGGAGAAGAACGAAAGUCUCGGUUUGGGGAUGAAUAUACAUAUGAUAUAUGGGGUGACCAUUUUCCUAGGCUUAAGUUGACUAGGACAAACAAUGUUACUUCAAUGAUCUCCAGCACUUCAGAGAGCGACUCUAAUAGCUUCUUUGUAAAGGGUCCGCAAACCCUCAUGACAAGGUCUCCACCAAGAUCUGUAAGUUUUUUCCAUCAAGAUGGUUAA